AUGCCUAGAAAAAAGUCCAAAGUUGAUUCUCUUGAAGAGAUUGAAACUGCUAUAAAACUGCUGUGCGACCAAGCCAACAACCACAUGAAAGUUCGUGAAUAUGACAAAGCUUUACGCGGUUAUAAUCAGGCACUGGAACUCAAUAACACUGACAUGAAUGCACUUAUCUCACGUAGCAAAUGUUAUUUAUUAUUGGGUGAAGCCUCUAAAGCACUGUGUGAUGCCGAAACUGCACUAACUGAAGAGAAAAACAAUAUACGUGCAAUAUACCAAAAGGCUGAGGCUCUUUAUUAUCUUGGACAAUUCGAACAGAGUUUAAUGUUUUUUCAUCGCGGUUUACGUGCACGACCAGAAUUGGAUACAUUUCGUUUAGGAGUACAAAAAACUCAAGAAGCAAUAGAAAAUACUAUUGGAAGUGUUGACCGUGGUGCUAGUGUUAAACCAUUGCCAAAGGUGAAGCUAAAAAAGUCGGGUGACAAUACACCAAAAUCCUCACAGCUAAACAGUUGUCGACCAACACGACCUAAACCAACAAAAGCUGAACUAGAACGAAGAAAUGCUAGAAAGCUAUUAGGUGAGCUAUGCAUUGAUAAAGAAUAUUUGGAAAAUCUACUGAAACAUCCAGAUCUAGUGCGUGCCGAUACUAACACUGAAAAUAUAUCAGCCUAUGCUAAAGAAGCAGUGGAGUUUCUUAAUAAACGUCAAGAGUUUUGGCGUCAACAACGACCGUGCACUGCAUUACAAAACCGCAAGAAUUUUCCUUUAGAUACCUUGCCCAAAGGUUUCUAA